CAAAACUAAAUUUACACAUGCGCAAGCAAGACACGUGGUUUUAUCAAAAGUUUAUGUUCGUUUUAGUUUAAUUUUUGGAGCCACAUAUUACAGUAAAUAAACACUUUAAGAUGGAUAGAAAAUUAUAUAUUCUGUUUACAAUAGCUCUACAUUUUGUAAAUACAUAUGGAACCGAGUUUAAAGAAGAUGAUGGCGUCCUUAUAUUGAAUGACAAGAAUUUUGAUAAAGCGAUACAAGAGCAUCAUCCAUUGCUAGUUCUAUUUUAUGCCAAGUGGUGUCGAGAUAGCAAAGACAUCAAGGAAGUUUUUCCAAAUGUUGGUCGCAAGAUCAGAGACUCAAACGCCACUGGUAUUCAAGAUGUGAAGCUCGCCAUGUUGGAUGUUGGAGAUGGGAUCUUACAGACGAGAAAACGUGGAAUCGUCAGAUUUCCCUCAAUUCAACUCUUCAAAGACGGAAACUGGAUAGAUGGCGCUACUGCGGGUAGACAGUCUGCUGACAUAACAGCGUGGCUGGAGAAGAAGAUGGAAUCCCCAUUCGUCUAUCUAGACACGAAGGAAGACUUUGACGCUUUCACCGACAAAUUCCGAACAGUAGUUGGAGCAUUCUAUCACGAGAAUUCUGCUCGUUAUCGGUCAUAUGAAGCUACAGCACACACCUUCAAAGAUGAACUGAAUAUGGAGUUCGGCCUUAUAACGAACCAAGGGUUUGCAGCUGAUGUGGGCAUGAUGGAUAGUGAAAUUUCGGUGUUUAGAAAGGAUUUGGACAAAGUUGUCUAUGAGGGAGCCCCAACUUUUGAUGAUGUCUCGACAUUCGUUCUGAAAAACUGGGUUCCAGAUAUCUUUGAAUACACGAACAGGGAUAGUGAGAAGAUAGGACUAUUACAGGAGAAGGGAGUAGUCAAGAACUUGGUAAUGAUGUUUAUUGAUAAAGAUGCUGACUACUUUGAUGAGAAAAUGAAAAUGUAUUCAGAAGUGAGACAAGAAUUCGCCAGUUCAGAUACAUUAUUUGCCUUUGAAGACUGUAAAAGGAACGGCAGAAAUACGUUUCUUCAACGACAUUGUAACCUUGUCCAGACAGACUGUCCAGCUAUUCGUGGAAUCUACAUACAAGACUUGGAUUUUCCCAAAGUUAAACCAGAUCCUUUGACCAAGGCAAAUGUUAGAAACCUGGUGAAUGGGUUAAAUACAAAAACUUUGGAGCCGUAUUGGAGGUCUGCAAAUGUUCCUCAAAAGAAGGACGAAUUGGAUAACGGCGUCCGCGUUUUAGUCAGCUUGAACUUUGAUGACGUCGUCGGUGACCAAGAAAAACACGUUUUCGUCAUGUUUUAUACUCCGUGGUGCGCACAGUGCAAAAAAUUAAUGCCCGAUUGGGAGAAGCUAGCUGAAGAUUACAAAGACAAUGAAGAUAUCAUCAUUGCUAAAAUUGAUAUGAUAGAUAAUGAGGUCAAAGAAUUCGCAACACUUUACUCAUGGCCAGUCUUCAAACUCUUCCCUAAAUAUAAAGAUACGUUUGUGAACUUCAAAGAAAACAAAACUUACGAGGAAUUGAAGUCAUUUAUAAACAUAUAUGCAUUAUUUGAUGACACCAAUGAAGUACUUAAACGAAGUUUAGAUGAGAUGAAUGAUGAAGACCGAGAUAUAACUGAAAAAAUCAUACUUGGCAUGAAAGUGGAGCUUCCAAAAGAGGAAGUUGAACGUUUUGCACCCGCAGAAGAAUUGGGAGAAGGACGUCCUCGACAAAAAGUUCUUACGAAAGAGGAAUGGGAAGAAUUUGAUCGACUCCAAGAUGAAGUCAUGGAACCACAUACACAUGAUGAUGACGAAGAUCCUCAUGAACAUUAAUAUUAGUUUUAGUAACAUUUUGGAUUUUCAUCAACUUUUACAAUUAAGUGAAAACUGUAAAGUGAGAACACCUCUUUAAUUAAAACACUUUUCAGAGUACCAUAACCAAUCAACUUUAUGUUGAACACUUAUCUGGAAGUGGAACACCUUCCAAGUAGAACACCUUUUAGAGGUUUCAAAUGUGUUCCACUCAUACAGGUUUUACUGUAGUGUAUUUCGGAAUCAUGGCUGUGUGAAUUUUACUGUAGUAAUCUGCUAAUUUGGUCUCGAUAAUAAAUCUUCAUACUAUGUAAAUAAUGAUAAAAAUCAAAUGGACUUUUGUUGUUCAUAUGAUGUUCUAUAUAACUAAGAAAUUCUACGAUAGUUGAUAC